UGUUAGCUGAAUAUUUGUGUGUUUAUUCACCUCAGAGCGUGAACUUGUAAGACAUAAUUCUCGCGAUUGUGUUGCUAUCACCGGUACCAUAACACGUUCGUCGGAAAGGAAACGAGCUGUGGAAUAUGCAGAAAAUGAGCUACUUCUCCCCGCUGCUCCUUGUCUGCUUGGACUUGUGCGUGGUGUACGCUGUGCGCUUGGCGCAGCUCUCACCUCUCCUCACCCCGCAUCCCUUCCUCACCCUGUGGGGAGGAGGAGUGAUCCGGGCCUGCCUCCUCAUCUCCCUCACUCUCUCUUACCCUGGAUGCCUGCCGUGGAUGAGGAGCCUCGCGGGCCUCCAGAGCGUAGGGGUUCUCUGCUUCGUCUUCCCAGUGUACACCACUCUUCUCUGGUUUCUGGAGCAGUGCACCAUGGAGGAGCUUUGGGGGUGGCACUCGUGGGAAAAGGUCAUUCAGGGUUACGGCGUGACCGCCGUGGCCUGGCUCUACUGGAGCAGAUACGUGUCGUCUCUUUUGACCUCCUCGGGUCAAUACGUCGCGUCCCUGUUCAUGAAGAAGCCCUCGGUGAAACCUGAAGAAGACACCGUGACCAUUCUGAAGCGGCUGCUGGAAUACUUGAUGCCCUACUCCUGGCGCUUUGUUGUCGUGUUAACAUGCGUGAUUCUUGCGAGUUAUGGUGAGAUGGCUAUUCCUCGGUACAGCGGUCGUGUCGCUGAGUGGAUCGAUAAAGAGGAAGCACCUGACGCUUUCACAGAGGCCAUUACGAUCAUGGCGCUAAUGACCAUUGCUGGUGCUGUUCUUGAGUUUUUGGGUGACCUCCUGUACAACGCCACCAUGAGCUACGUUCACAGCUCACUGCAGGGAAACGUCUUCCAGGCAGUGCUGAGACGGGAGAUUAGUUUCUUUGAUAGCAGCCCCACAGGUGAACUGGUGUCGCGCAUCACCACUGAUACCUACGAAAUAAACGAGGCACUCAGUGAAGAACUAAGUCUUGUGAUGUGGUACACGGCACGUUUCGGCUUUUUGUUGUACUUCAUGGUGUACCAGUCGUGGAAAAUGACCUUGCUCACUUGCUUGGCACUGCCAAUCAUCUGGGUCAUCCCCGAACUCACCGGAAAUUUCCACCAGACCAUUGCUACACAGGUUCAGGAGGCUGUGGCCAAGGCCAACCAGGUAGCCACAGACACCUUCUCCUGCAUUAGGACAGUGAGAAGCUUUGCUAAUGAAGAUGGUGAGACAGAGAAAUACAGACAGCGGUUGAAUGACAUUUACAACCUCAACAAAACAGAAUCGAUGGCCUAUGCAGCCUCUUCCUGGGCCAACAGCAUUAACACUUUGGCCAUGAAGGUGUUUAUUCUGUACUAUGGAGGGACUCUUGUGACCAGGGGGACAGUUAGCAGCGGAGACUUGGUGUCCUUCGUCCUGUAUGAGCUACAGUUUGCCUCAGCUGUUGAUGCCGUCAUCAGGUGUUACCCAGAGGUGAGGAAGGCAAUUGGUCGAUCUGAAAAGAUCUUUGAAUAUUUGGAUCAGAAACCUCAAGUGCCAGCAGAGGGAACUUUGGCUCCUGAAAAUCUCGAAGGACGCAUUCAGUUCAAAAAUGUCAGAUUUUCAUACUCUGGCAGCACAGAUGAAAACAAAAUUGUUCUUAAGGAUGUGUCUCUGGAGUUAAAGCCAGGCCAAAUCACCGCUCUUGUGGGCCUCAAUAGAGCAGGAAAGUCCACCUGCGUUAAGCUGCUGGAAAGGUUUUACCAGCCACAAGCAGGCGAGAUCCUCCUGGACGGGAAACCGCUGACAAGCUACACAAACCAGUUCCUACAUGACAAGAUUGCCGUGGUGAGCCAGGACUGUGUGCUGUUCUCUUGCUCUGUGCGGGAGAACAUCAAGUAUGGCUACAGCCACGCGUCAGAUGAGGAGAUGUACAGGGCUGCCAAGCUGGCUAACGCCCAUGAGUUCAUCCUGGGGCUGCCGAAUCAAUAUGAAACAGAUGCCGGGGAGAGGGGAGGUCAGGUGUCUGGAGGCCAGAAGCAGCGCAUUGCCAUCGCUAGAGCUUUAAUCAGAAAUCCCCAAAUCCUGAUACUGGACAACGCCACCAGUGAUUUGGACUCUGAGAAUGAAUACCAGGUCCUGCAGGCUUUGUUGAACUAUACCAACAACUGCUCCGUGCUGCUGAUUUCCAACAAGAUGAGCAUUGUAGAGAACGCCAGUCACAUCGCUGUGCUCAGUGAAGGGACCAUAAAGGAGGAGGGCAGGCACGAUGAGCUGCUGAAGAAAGACGGCCUUUAUGCUGCCAUGGUGAAAAAGAACAACAUGGGCUUUCAACGUAAAGAGGAGAGCAGCGAUGCCCAGUGAUACCUUUGAGUUACACUCCACCCAAUGAAGUCAAGGUAGUAAAGGAUUGCGGAUUAAAAAAAAGUCAGGACUUGCGGGAUCAAAACUUUAGCUGCGCUUCAAUCUUUGAACUACAAGUACACGGUUCAUUUUUGACCCUAUUAGGCUGCAUUCACAAUAUUUAAUCACAGUUUAAAAAUUUAUGAUUUCGGCUCCAGACCCCAAAUAUCGUAGAGCCUCGAAACAGAAAACAUUGAAAACUUUUGGGCUGCAUUUCAUUUUGGACGGUUUAAACUGAGAUCUUUGAGAACAAUCAGUAUGUUUCCACAUACUGAUUAAGUCGAGCUAAAUCAUGGCGCCAGUUUAUAAAGACUAGCAGGGUAAUCAGUUUAUUGAUUGAAGUGCUAUGCUCGGCGGACGAUAUGCUUGGGGGUUUUCUGUAGAGCUGCAACUAAGUAAUCUGUUGAUUAUUUUCACGAUUAAUUGAGUAAUCGUUUGGUCCAUAAAAUGUCAGGAAACGUUAAAAAAUGUUGAUCAGUGUUUGUUCCAAACGAUUAAUCGAUUAUCAAAAUGGUUGACCAUUAAUUUAGUAAUGGAUUAAUCUAGUCAUUGUUUCAGUUUCUCAUUUUCUGGUUGAUCUAUUACAUUGCAGAGCAAAACAAGUUUAGCUGGUGGUUAGUUGGUACCAUGUCAAUUGCCAUUCUGUGUUUUUAAACUAAAAAUAUUUAAAGGAAUACUUGACUUAAUUUGCAUUUAGCUUUGCAUUACUAGAAUAGGGGUAGUAUUUUUGAAAAAUUGUGCUUCCCAACCUCAGUUUCCCCUGAGUCGAGAAAUAUCUUCAGUGAAGUGUUUUAAAUGUGUAGUGUGCCUUAAGCCAGUUUAAGGUAAAUUACAUUACAUUACAUUACAUUACAUGUCAUUUAGCAGACGCUUUUAUCCAAAGCAACUUACAAGGGAAUUGAGUACAACCUGCCAGGGGUGGAGCUGAACUUGCGACCAUGAUGUCUUUUGCACACAGGGUACCGAUCUUAACCACUGAGCUUACCCACCCCUGUAAAUAUGCAAUAGUAUCUCGACUGCAGUAGUAUCUCGACUACCGAUCGCAUUCCAAUCGAGAGUUUGUGUUUCCGUGCAGAACAACGAGCGAGUAUUGUUAAGCGAGAGAGAGCAACUGACUCUGUGAUGCCUGGGAAAAUGAAAAUUCCAACAUCUCUGUCUCACGAAAGAAGAUUUUGACCAAGAUCCCAAAAAGGACAAUCACUUGUCCAGAUGCAGAGCGUGCUGCAAAUCAAUAAAAGUCUCUCUUACAAGUUGCUGUCCCAUUUUAUGCUGGGUCAGCACAUUGGCCUUGAUUUGGGUCCUGGAAAGUCCUUGGAAAUUUAUGUCAACCGAGGUGUGCAACCCUGGUUAAACACAGUUACCAACAUUUGCUUCCAGAUUGGUUCUUAUCUGCUAAAAAUCGACCGUCAGCUGUGAACGAAUAGUUUCUUUUCCGUGGCUCUAAGAACAGAAAUCCUGAUUCUCACUUGUUCGUAGUAAUUUCUGAGACUAAGCAAACUAUUUCAAAAGAGAGAAUCAACUUCCUGCUUACCAGUGUAAAUGCCUAAAUGGUCUCAUUUUUAUCAGUAUGGAUGCAGAUUACUUUCAGAUAAAAACUUUCAUUAUACUUUUAUUAUACGUCUCUUAAGAUGACUUAACUUCUCCACUCACCUUGGAUGAAGGUGAAGUUGUACCUGAAAUCCUUAUUUCUUCUCAAAUAAAAUCCUUAGCCAGAGUAUAUUUAUUGUUUGUGAAAAUACUGACACAGUAUUUAUAUAUGUAGGACACAGUACUGAGUCACUGUUCUCUAUUUCCCCCCAAUGCACUGACAAUCAGGGUUAAACUAUAUAAGGAUUUUGUCAUGAUAUACUGUACAUGCAAAUCGUCCGAAGGACUAUAUUAUAUUCCAUGCGCUGAGCUCUUUUUCUAUUUGCCUACCAUUAUCAUACUCUUUUGUCAUCGUCCGCUUCCAUAAUAUCGCCAGGUUGGCCAUCUGUGACUUUGCACUUUCUUUGACCCACUGACGAGAAGAGUUGAGGAACAUUUGUUGGAGAACCGGCUUUAUGUACUUGAUGAUCGUUGUGCACUAUUUUUGCUUCAUGCACUGUAGAUGUAGAUAAACAUAGAAACAAAUUUCAUGUUGCAAUAUUUUGUUUCUUUUAAAUUGGUGUUUCUAAAUAUUUUUGCUGUAUAUAUUUAUCAUUUGUCCAAUGUUUUGUCCCCACCGUCCCUUUCCUUGUGUUGAUCACUCUGUUGUUAUUUGAAUGAAUAAAAUAUUUCCUACA